CCCCCUCCUAAUGGAAGCUGGUAUGCUCCAGGAGCAUUCGUCUCCCUCUCUGCUCCACCUUGCUGAGACACACCCAGAAAGGCAAAUACUCAAUUAACUCAAAUUGAACUAAUCUAAAUCAAAACAAACUGACAUUUUCCCCCACAUUCUCUAAACAGGAAAGAUGGCCAGUCUCCAUACCCACAAAGAAUGUUCACCAAUUGUCACAAUGUAACUAAAAUAAAGAACUGAUAGAAAACACAUUUGAACUGAAAACAACAUAAUAUCAAUAAUCAACAUGGGAUGGAACCCCUGGUCUCCAUCACAGUAUGUAUAGGUCAAAAGGUUGCAGUGAAACUGCAAGAUGGCAGUUGAACAAUGACCACUAGAGGGGGAUAAAGUGUCAGCAAAAAUGUGACAAACUGAGAGAAGAAAACCGCAGAUUGCAGCAGGUGGUUGAUGGAAGCUUGUUGCUUAUCUUAGUAGCCAAGUUCAAAUAGUUUGCUUAUUGCUUCAAAGGUGGAAAAAGCUGAAAUAUUAAGUGAGUCAGCCUGGAGCCAGCAGUCUUCCAGAAGUUAAGGACCGACUCUUCGACCUCCCUUAUCCCUCCCCCCUUUCUUUCUCGCUCCUGGCCGAUCGCUCUCCCCCUCUUCUCCGGGGUUGCAUCAACAUGACAAAGCACUGGCCGGAGCAGACCCUCCUGGCACCAGCCGCUCUGUGCCACAGUGGAGAACACCGCGACCAUCAACUUGACAUCUACAGAAAUGUGCAGCGGAGGGUUCCUUCCUGCGGUCUAGCCCAGCAGCGGCCUCAACAACCGGCUGAGAUGACCCCCCAGCAGCAGCAGCAGCAGCAGCCCUCUGCACGCACCGAGCACCGUGGCGGUGCCACUGGACUCGCGGAUCAAACCAUUCCAGCCCACUCUUCAUACCAGGACGGCGACGACGCCAACGGGAAGCUUCGGGACGUGACGCGGGAGACGUGGAGGGCCGAACGGGAGAAAAGCGGUUCCAGCAGUGGGAAGAAGAAGAACUACCAGCGGUAUCCCAAGCCACCCUACUCCUACUUGGCUAUGAUCGCCAUGGUCAUCCAGCGCUCCCCAGAGAAGAAGCUUACACUAUCUGAGAUCCUGAAGGAGAUCAGUACCCUGUUUCCAUUUUUCAAAGGGAACUACAAAGGGUGGCGAGAUUCUGUGCGACACAACCUCUCCUCCUAUAAUUGCUUUGUUAAGGUGCUGAAGGAUCCAGGCAAACCUCAGGGGAAAGGGAACUUCUGGGCUGUGGACCUGAACCGUAUUCCCCUGGAUCUCCUGAAGAGGCAGAACACGGCCGUGUCGCGCCAAGACGAGACUAUCUUCGCUCAGGAUCUGGCCCCCUACAUCCUGCAGGGACACAAGCCGGAAUCUGAGCCGCCCCCUCCUCCUCCGACUGAGCGUGUGACCUCUCUCCCGCCCGUGUCAUCAGGAAAUCCUUCACCGCCGUCGCAGGACAACUUGUUCAGGCCCAAGCUGGACUCGUCCUUUGCCAUCGAUUCCUUACUGCACAGCCUGCGGCCGACGAGCGCUUCUGGGCAUGUGGACAGAGACGGCUGGGGUGAGGUGGAGCGCCCUCGGCCCUCGCCGCCUCCAGGCUCUCGUUACACCUCCUCCGCCAGCUCGGUAAGCCCUGCCUCCACCUCUUCCACCUCCUCCGAUGAGGAAUGGAAAGUCUUGUCCCACACUGGGAAGCGUGUCCCUCCUAAUGGUGAAGCAGGAUCUGACGGGUACGAGGACCUCAGACCGCCGUUGCACAAAUCUGCCAGACGGGAGACCGUUGCUCCUCCGUGGGAGCUUCCAACCUCCUACGCCAAGUAUGCUCCCCCAAAUGCAGUCGCCCCACCUAGCAUGCGGUUUAACGGAGGCCCCGUAAUGCCGCUGCACGGCGGACUACCACUUUACAGCUAUGGUAGCUCUCCCAUGGCGCCUUCCCACUUCAUAGGUCACUCCUACUGGCCGAUUCUCCCCAGCAGGCGAGUCUCAGUUCAGCCACCUCCUCUGCUCAUGGACCUGGACAACAUGCUGCAGUCGGUUCCUCCAAAUAAGAGCGUGUUCGAUGCACUGCUGCCCACCAAUCAGAACGCUUACUCGCAUCACCAACCGCAGAGUCAGUACCCCCUGCAGAACGGGACUCCUCUCAACAAGUAUCACCAGUACUGAGAGUCGUUCACACACCAAACGAGGAAUCCAACCAGGAAGUAAACCGUAAGCUCCACACAAUCUCUUUUAUGGUUUCUUGCUAGCCAGAAGCUGAUUUUUCUUUUUUUUUCUUUUUUUUUUUUUAUAUAUUUACACGUCAGUGUGUUUUAAAACAAAUUGUAAUUCUGCCUUCAGCAUUGAGUUUUAUUGAUGAAAACCUACCUAAAAAAAAAAA